AAACCAUCCCGCCAUACACCACCACAGCCCCACUGUUAGCGAGCACGCACACCGGACACGCACGAGUCUCCUUGAAGCAAUGGCGACCACCGCGAUGGCGCUCUCCUCCUCGUCCUUCGCCGGGAAGGCGGUCAAGGACCUGCCGUCGUCGGCGCUUUUCGGGGAGGCGCGCGUCACCAUGCGCAAGACCGCCGCCAAGGCCAAGCCGGUGUCGUCCAGCAGCCCGUGGUACGGCUCCGACCGCGUGCUCUACCUCGGCCCGCUCUCCGGCGACCCCCCGAGCUACUUGACCGGUGAGUUUCCCGGUGACUACGGAUGGGACACUGCGGGGCUCUCUGCCGACCCCGAGACCUUUGCCAAGAACCGGGAGCUGGAGGUGAUCCACUGCCGGUGGGCCAUGCUCGGCGCGCUCGGCUGCGUCUUCCCCGAGCUGCUCGCCCGCAACGGCGUCAAGUUCGGCGAGGCCGUCUGGUUCAAGGCCGGCUCCCAGAUCUUCAGCGAGGGCGGCCUCGACUACCUCGGCAACCCCAGCCUCGUCCACGCACAGAGCAUCCUCGCCAUCUGGGCUUGCCAGGUCGUGCUCAUGGGCGCCGUCGAGGGCUACCGUGUCGCCGGCGGCCCGCUCGGCGAGAUCGUCGACCCCCUCUACCCCGGUGGUAGCUUCGACCCCCUCGGCCUCGCCGACGACCCCGAGGCGUUCGCCGAGCUCAAGGUGAAGGAGAUCAAGAACGGACGCCUUGCCAUGUUCUCCAUGUUCGGCUUUUUCGUGCAGGCCAUUGUCACUGGCAAGGGCCCAUUGGAGAACCUCGCCGACCACCUUGCCGACCCCGUCAACAACAACGCGUGGGCCUUCGCCACCAACUUUGUGCCCGGCAAGUAAGCUACGUGUGUUGUCACCACUAGUGUCUAGAAACCGACAGUGCACGUACGUACGCGAUGAAGUGUGCAGCUGGUUUCGUUUGUACAACCAUGAUGUAAAGUACGAGGGUUGAAUGCAAAAGACUAUUGUUAGACUUGA